GUCCCACCCAUUGCCAUUCUGUCGUUUCCCAUGCCCUUUCCCGUCUUUUCCGACCCCUUUCCUUCCACCAGCUCCCCGCCUAUAUAACCCAACCUAUACCGAUCUGCUCUCUCCGACCACAACUCGAUCCCCGGCGACGAGAAUAUGGGUUUUCCGGUCGGGUACAACGAUCUUCUUCUUCCGAAGCUUCUGGUUCACGCGCUCACCAUUCUCGGCCUCUUCAGGAGAUUCAUCUCCGCCGUUUUCGACUUUCUAGGUUUCUUAAAUCCAGAGAUGUCCUUCCCGACCCGGGAGGAAUCGGGUCCGAAGCCCCACUCCAUCUCCGCCGAACAAAUCCGGGAACUGCUUCCGGUGGUUAAUUUCUCGGAGCUGGUGGACCCGCCGGAGAGCUGCGCCGUGUGCCUGUACGAAUUCGACGGCGGAGACGAGAUCCGGCGGCUGACGAAUUGCCGCCACGUGUUCCACCGGGGCUGCCUCGACCGCUGGAUGGACCACGAUCAGAAAACUUGCCCGCUCUGCCGGACGCCGUUCAUACCGGGAGAUAUGCAGGAGAGCUUCAACGAGCGGCUCUGGCUGGCGUCCGGGAUUUCCGAUUUCUACGCCGAUUAUCCGCCGGCGAACGCCGGUUUGUAGGGGCCCACGCGUCUUACUUUUUAAUUUCACGAUAUUUCGUCCUUAUAUUUGACUUAAAAAUAAUGUACAGGGAAUACUACAGUGAGGAAAGGAUAAACGAUGUCAAUUUUGAGGAUAUGCUUUUGAAAUCUGUAAUACUCGCAUUUUAAUCUAGAAUAUUGCAGUUGUACCCUUACAUUAUUUCAAAUAGAAAAAUGCAUCUCUAUGUAUUUUAAAUUUAGAAAAAUUACUCCCUGUGUAUUUAUAAAAUACUACGUAGUUUGGUAUUCGAAGUAUUUAUUUAAUUUUGACUUUUUGUAAUUAAAUUUGACAGUAUUUA